CGAGACGGAAUCCCGACACGGGGAAGGAGUCCGCGGAGGAGUAAAAAACCCAGCCGAGCAAGAAGAGCUUGUCGAGAGCAGCCUCUCCGAAGCUCCAACUCCGCGCCGGCAGUGCGGAAACCAACAAGUGAGAAGGCGCCGCAUUCCCGGGGCGCAGCGCGGGCGGCGGGAGCAGGCGCAAGAGGACAGAUCCAGCGCCCCGAAGCCCCGUGCCCCGAGCCCGGAGCCCCAGUCGCGGUCGCUGCGGCUGCUCGGUUCCCGAUUUCUCUGCGCGGGCUGCGCCGAGCGCAGGACCAGAGGAGGCUUCGUCUCGCCCUCACUGCACGCAGCGGCCGGGAGCAGCUGGUCCCCAGGGAAUAUGCAGCGCGCGUGGAUCCUGCUCACCUUGGGCUUGGUGGCCUGCGUGUCGGCGGAGUCGAGAGCAGAGCUGACGUCUGAUAAAGACAUGUACCUUGACAACAGCUCCAUCGAAGAAGCUUCUGGAGUGUACCCUAUUGAUGAUGACGACUAUGCUUCUGCAUCUGGCUCAGGAGCCGACGAGGACAUCGAGAGUCCAGAGCUGACAACAUCUCGACCCCUUCCAAAGAUACUGAUCACCAGUGCUGUUCCCAAAGUGGAGACCACCACGCUGAAGACGCAGAGCAAGCUGCCUGCUCAGACGAAGUCACCUGAAGAAAUUGAUAAGGAGGAAGUUAACCUUUCUGACUCUGAAAGGAAAAUGGACCCAGCUGAAGAGGAUACAAACGUGUAUACUGAGAAACACUCAGACAACCUGUUUAAACGGACAGAAGUCCUUGCAGCUGUCAUCGCGGGUGGUGUGAUCGGCUUUCUCUUUGCAAUUUUCCUCAUCCUGCUGUUGGUGUACCGCAUGAGAAAGAAGGAUGAAGGAAGUUAUGACCUUGGGGAACGCAAACCAUCCAGUGCUGCUUACCAGAAGGCACCUACCAAGGAGUUCUACGCCUAGUGUCUCUAUUUAUGAGAUCACUGAACUUUUCAAAAUAAAGCUUUUGCAUAGAAUAAUGAAGAUCUUUGUUUUUGUUUUUUGAUUUUUGGUUUUUUUCAUUGAAGAGCCAUUCUGGCACUUUAAUGCUAAAAUCCCAUUGUAUUUAAAACUUUUCAUGUAUUUCUUUAGAACCGAAGUAAAAUUAAAAUUUAACAUCUGCAGUGUUCUGUGAAUAGCAGUGGCAAAAUAUUAUGUUACAAAAACCCUUGAAACUUCUAUGCGUAAAUACAAAAUGAUCGGUUUUUUUGUCCUAUGGUUCUAAGAUGAAAGCUGUUUCAUUUGUCAGCAUGUCUCAGAUUGACCGUACCAAGUUGGUCUUGCUUUGUUAAUUUAUCUCUUGUCCCCUCUUCUCUGCCCACCCGUCUUGUCCCCUGAAAAACCAAACUGAACCCUAUGCCUUUUGUAGCUGUCAUGGUGCAAUUUGUCUUUGGAUGAUUCAGAUAAUGGUAAUUUAGUGUAUAUGUGAUUUUCAAAUAUGUAAACUUAAACUUCCACUUUGUGUAAAUUUUUAAAUGUCAGACUAUCCAUUUUACACUUGCUUUAUUUUUUCAUUACCUGUAGCUUCAGGCAGAUUUGUAACAGCAAAUUAAUGUGUAAAAUCGGAUUAUUACUACAAAACCGUUUAGUCCUAUCUUACCUAAUCAGAUCUUCUUUUGGGAAGGUUUGAUGUGACUUACUGAUAAGCCUCAGCAAACCCAAAGAUGCUAACAGUAUUUUGAGAAGUUGCUGCAGAUUCCUUUGGCCACUGUAUUUGUUAAUUUCUUGCAAUGAAGGUACGAGUUGGGGUUUAAAGAAAAAAAAAUCAGUUUUUGUUCUUAAAAAUUUAAGUUGUAAACAUCUUUUUAAGCCUUUGAAGUGCCUAUGAUUCUAUGUAACUUGUCGCAGACUGGUGUUAAUGAGUAUAUAUAACAGUUUAAAAAAAGUUGGUAUUUUAUAAGCACAGACAAUUCUAAUGGUAAUUUUUGUAGUCUUAUGAAUAGACAAAUUGUAAUUUGGGAACAUAAAAACUACUGAAUAAAUCAUGUGGCCUAAUGUUGAAAAUGUCACUCUUAUAAAUUUUGUACAUUUUCGAUCAAAUGUACAUCUCUCCCUUGCUAAUGACCGUCUGCUCUCAAGGAUGAUGUGGGUUUGAUUUCUGAGUAUUCCACAGUGUCUGAAAUCAAGACCAAAGAACCCAUCAAGUGAGGCUGUUUAUUUCCAGAUUCACUUCUGAACUGGCCAGAGGAAAUGAGUGUACCACCCCAUGGUGUGACUGGGUACAGGUCUUGAAAGGCUGCCAGGGAAUUUUGAAGUUUGCAACCUUUAUAGGAUAGCUGAUGGCAAUAUCGACACAGAUACUUGCCUUUGCAAAUAACUUUGAAGACUCUAAAGUCCAAGAACUGAAGGGAACUUUCUGGAAGUAGGUAUCUCAGGCUUAGUCCUAUAGAAUGACUUACUUUUGAAAAUGUGUGCCAAAGCUCUCCUGAAGCUUAAACCGAAGACCUUGUGUGUGGAACAUCACAGCCCACAAUUCAAGGAAGGAGGAAAGGAUAGGGAAGCUCUCUGUUAAAUGAGAGCCUUGCUGCUUAGGACUGAAGUUGCUAGAAAGAGUGACACCUGAGGAGGAGACUGAAGUAUGAAGGUACCCUGGCUGGGUACCUAAC